UACGCGAACUGUGAUUCAGAAUAUAUAAAUUGUAAAAAAAAAAGAAAUGUUGAUUAAUUCUUAAUAUAUUUUCCAGCGCAGCAACGCGUUGUCUACAAAAAGUGUUUACAAGAAAAUCUUUUCCGACCAUAAAAAAUAAUAAAGUGGAAAUAUACAAUGUAUAUGAGUGUUUUGAAAAGAAAUUAAUUCAUCAUUCAAAAAAUGAAUGCUGGCUAAAAGAAUAUACAGAUAAAAUACAAAAUUAAAUGGAUUGACAGUUCUGAUGUUUUGCRUAUGUUUCAUUUUGUGAAAUUAAAAAAGUAUUAAAAAAUCACGCAGUGCGAAUAAACGCGCCAAUAUACACUUGAUUACAAUACACAUAUAUACACCAUCUGGGCUAACCAGUAAAACGGUACCGUCCCGUCUACCGUUGACGGGAUAUUUGCAAAGUGCAUACUUCAUUUCCCUCUUACACCCCGCAAGCCGCCAAAAUGAUCACUCACAAUUCGUUGAGCGUGUAUGGUGGCGGCGUCAUGUGCGCGUCCCCAUCCACUGCUCCUGGUUUCUUUAAUCCCCGACCGCAGUCCGGUGCAGAGCUGUCCGCUUUUGAUCUCGGUCUACCCCGCUCCAUGGCGCUGGGCGUUCCACCGCCCUCUGCAUGGCACGAUCCCAAYCUCGGCGGCCAUUUGCAUGCUUCCGCUGGACCCGGCUCGUUGACGGGCACAGCAGGUGCAGGUGGCAGUUCGGUGAGCACUGGCGGCGGCACAACACCAUCAAGCGUUGCCAGUCAACAGUCGGCCGGUAUCAAGCAGGACAUUUCUGGACUGGCGGGUGCCGGCGGUCAAUCCAAUACACACAACCAAAGCGGUCACCAUGCAAUCAAAGAGGAUCUCUCCAGCCUGACGGCGGCUUCAGCAGCGGCUAGUGCAGCAGCGCACCAUGCAGCGGCAGUACAUCAUGCCGCGGCUGUCCAACAAAAUCAUGGCCAGGAAUUGGGAGUCAUGAUCAAAGGCCAACAGGCGGGAUCGAGUUGUUUAGGUGCGAGCAGUACAGCGGGCGGGGGAGGAAAUAGCGGCGGCGGCGGUGGAAGCACAACGCCUAGUUCCCAGGCGAAUAGUUUACAUUCACAGAGCAGUAACAGCGACUCGAAACAGAACAUGGACUGCAAACAAAACAUCGAGUGUGUGGUGUGCGGAGAUAAGAGCUCCGGCAAACACUACGGCCAAUUCACCUGCGAAGGUUGCAAAUCGUUCUUCAAGCGCUCGGUGCGCCGCAACUUAACGUACUCGUGUCGGGGGAGCAGAAAUUGCCCGAUCGACCAACAUCAUCGAAACCAAUGUCAAUAUUGCCGUUUAAGAAAGUGCCUGAAAAUGGGAAUGCGACGCGAAGCUGUUCAGCGCGGUCGUGUGCCUCCCACUCAGCCCGGCUUAGCCGGAAUGCAUGGUCAAUACCAGCUAGCGAAUGGYGAUCCUAUGUCUGUUGCCGGAUUCAAUGGUCACUCCUAUCUUAGUUCCUAUAUUUCAUUGUUACUGCGCGCAGAACCCUACCCAACAUCCCGAUAUGGUCAAUGCAUGCAACCGAACAAUAUUAUGGGUAUCGACAAUAUCUGCGAACUGGCCGCGCGUUUACUAUUUUCUGCCGUCGAGUGGGCCAAGAACAUACCGUUUUUUCCUGAGUUACAAGUGACAGAUCAAGUGGCCCUGUUACGUCUGGUUUGGUCCGAACUAUUCGUCUUAAAUGCGAGCCAAUGUUCAAUGCCGUUACACGUGGCACCACUGUURGCUGCUGCAGGUCUGCACGCAUCGCCGAUGGCGGCGGAYCGCGUGGUGGCAUUCAUGGACCAUAUACGCAUCUUCCAAGAACAGGUGGAAAAAUUGAAGGCGUUGCACGUCGACUCGGCUGAAUAUUCCUGUCUCAAAGCGAUUGUGCUCUUCACCACUGGUAAGUUGUUGGACAUCCUUUACCGGGAUAUUCCGGCGCUGCUUACUAAAGUUUCAGCUAAAGUGUGCUCCAAUGCAGAUCUGUUGCACGAACAAGUGUUGUUGGUAGUGCGCGAUCAUCUCGAAGAACUCAAUCGRCUAGAAACAGAAUCUCAACAGCACACUUCGGCGGCCGCUUUUCACCUGGCUGCAUUUAUGAAGAGUGUAGCUGGUGUUGAAGCGGUCACGCAAAAUGUAUGCCUGGCUACUGAAAAUUCAGCUAUCACACCGUCUACGGCGACGUCUAGAUCAAUAGUAGAUCAGAAUGCUGGAAAUACUGAUCAUUAUCAAGGAAACGAUGAUCGGAAGCCUACAUCGCAGCAGCUCGCCAYAAGCUCGGCAAACGGUCUGGGACACUCAGCUACAAGUGCUUUCAGCUCUUGUGCACCAAGUCACAAAACCUCGGGUCAGUUGACCAGCACUGACGAUUUACUUGCUGCCUUAUAUGCCAGUGCUAACUCUGCGGCCCCAGUCACCACGAAUUCUAACACUACCAACUCAACCACAUCUACCUCGAAUGCGAGUCACAACAAUAGCAGUGGUCUGGGCGCUUCUAUCAAUACUCAAUCGCAAAUCGGUUCGUCCCUUCUAAAUAACCUAACCGCUUCGCCUUUGAGUAAUAGCGCCAUACAAACCACUGUCGCUGCCUCCCCUGGUACCGCAGUUAGUAAUCAUGGUGGGACAUAUCAAUCGCCGCAUCCRACUUCUUCUCAACACCAAUACAAUGCACAUACCCAUUCGCAGACGGCACAAGAUCAACAACAAGCCGCAGCGGCAGCUGCCACAGCGGCUAUGUUCUAUCAGACGCCGCCACGUUCUGCCUUCGGUUCGGCUUUUGAUAUGUUCCAUCAUAGCACACCAUUCGGUGUGAGUAGUGGCGCUUCGUUCGGUAGUCCCAGUUAUAGAUACUCGCCGUACAGUUUUGGCAGUAGGUGGCAAUUGUAGUUUGAACUAAGAAAAUAGUUGCAAAAUUUGAGGCAAAUCAAAGUUGUUAUAACUGCCGUAGAAUUUGGAUCACAUAGCGUUUAGUCUAGUCCACAUAGCAUAUUACGUGUUAGUCAUACUCAUACCAUAUAUACGAUAAGUGAACGCGGCGAAGCGCAGCCGAGUGUUGAACUCGGUCGGUCAGUGWAUAGAAGCAGAUCGUUCGUAACGAGCUGUUAUUAGAUUCUUAAUUAGACAUAGAACGCUGUAGUUUAAAGAGAUUAGUUGUAUAUUUUGUUAGACGUUGCAAUCACCUUAUUUAAUU